ACCUUGACGUCAGAGGCAGCUCGAUGAGCCUCCCUGCAGGGCUUUAUUCAGCAGAUCAGUUGCGGAGCUGAAAAUUGAGGGGGGGGGCAGCAGGUGGCCCGAGGCAUCAGGUGUGCAUACAGAGGGAAAGAGGAGAAGAGGAGCAGCAACCAGAUGAAUGAGCUCGGCGGCGCUGGACAUGUGAUAAGGCGAAAGUGGGACGGUGCUGGAUCUAACAGUAUGUGUUCAGUAUGUCGAGAUCACACGUUGCAGGAGACGUAGGAGGGAGAUGGACUGUUCGUGAUCUGGAACCAGAGGCAAAGGGAGAAGACAAUGCAGUCGGACAAGAAACGCCUCCAAUAGUUUAUAGUUGGAUUUAUGCAUGAAGGUAAUCGCUGAUUCUGUUGGACGAUGACUGGCAAGCAAGGGCGGCAGUGGAGGUCCAUGUGCAAAGGCCUGGUUCUGGGCACCCUGGUGACCAGCUGCAUGAUCCUGCUUUAUUGCCUCUCUACUCCACAGAUCCACUACCGUCUACCUGAGUUUCCAGUGCCUUACUCCUGUGCCCACCGCCCAGUCCAGCUCCACCCCAAACCAGCCACCAACAGCUCACAGCAAGCCACCCGCCAACCCUGUGUUCCUAAAGUGGACAUAAUGUUCAUGAAGACGCACAAAACAGCCAGCAGCACCUUCCUUAACAUUCUCUUUCGUUUUGGUGAGAAGCACCGGCUCAAAUUUGCCUUUCCCGACAGCCGCAAUGACUUUUUCUACCCAUCUUUUUUCGAACGCUCCCAGGUGAAAGACUACAGGCCUGGAAUGUGCUUCAAUAUUAUCUGUAAUCACAUGCGCUUCAACGCAGAUGAGGUGGCCAAGUUGCUCCCUAUGGACACGUCCUACAUCACCAUCCUCCGCGACCCUGCAGAGCUUUUUGAGUCUUCUUUCCACUACUUUGGUCGACUGGUGCCUUUGACCUGGAAGAUCCCGGGUGACGACAAGCUGACGGAGUUCCUACGUGACCCUGGCUCCUAUUUUGAUCCAGAAGGCUUCAACUCUUUCUACCUCAAAAACCUGCUGUUCUUUGACUUUGGACAGGACAACACGUUGCAGCUGGAUGAUCCACGGGUCAACCGGGGGAUCAAAUCCAUCACCGCCCGUUUUCAGCUGGUCAUGUUGGUGGAAUACUUUGAAGAGUCUCUCAUCCUGCUCAAGGACGCCCUCUGCUGGGAGAUGGAUGACUUGCUCUUCUUCAAGCUCAAUGCCCGCAAAGGAUCCACUGUGUCCAAGCUUACACCCGAGCUAAGGGCCAGGGCCCUUGAGUGGAAUGCUAUUGACUGGAAGCUAUACCAACAUUUCAACAAGACUUUCUGGAAGAAAGUCCAUGCAUACGGUCAACAACGAAUGGCCGAGGACGUGGCUGAGCUGAGGAGGAGGAAUGCAGAGAUGGCAUCCAUCUGCAUUGAGGGAGGCCAUGCUGUGGAAGCCGACAGCAUCCAGGAGACGGACAUGCAGCCCUGGCAGCCCAUCGGAGCAAAGUCCAUCAUGGGCUAUAACCUGAAGCAGAACGUGGACAAGGCACAUCGAAGGCUGUGUCGAAAGAUGUUGAUGCCAGAGAUUCAGUACUUAACAGAGCUCGGGGUGAACCUGUGGAUCACCAAGCUGUGGGGCCGUGUCCGAGAUAUCAUCAACUGGUGACUUGGUGCGUGAGCGGGAGAAGCCAAUCUAACUCUGAAAGACUGCGUUUAGAAAAAGAGGACGCUCAUUCUGGAGAAGCCGAGGUUUAACGCGUCUGUCACGUUUCCUGUCUCAUUUUGUUGAAACUUACGAGCUGUGAUGUGAUCGGUGCUUUAGAACGAAGCUGUUGUUGACCUCACAAUCUGCGAACACUGAUGGUAUUGAUCUGUGCGUUUGAGUUAAUGUUCACACAUCGAAAUCUCUAGGUUGCUCCAUUCUAACAGGGACAGCGCAUGAGAGACGAACUUUCCCUUUAGAAGGCCAACAAAAAGCCCCUGUUGUUGCCAUUCAUGCCAAAUUUGUACGGUUGUUUGAAUGAAGGUUAGAAGCGACUGAAUUACCACCAAGGACUAAAAUUUAAUGAAUGUAAGUAUUAUGUCUAAUCAUAUUGUCUAUGGAGGACAAAAUCAGCCACAUUUAUAACAGGUGUAAAACUAUUUCUUUUUCAUCAGUCAUGACUCUGCUACAUCUAAAGCCAGCGUAGAAAUCAUAUUAUUACUACACCUUUGUUUCUCUACAGUGAGAUGUCAAAAUGUCUGUCCCAUUUUGUCAACACUAUGCAAUCAAGUAGAAAGCUAAUUCACAUGUAGAUCUUUUUGUUUUAGUAGCAUAUUUUUAUUAUAGGGAGUUUUGUCAUAUAUAAUACAAUGUUUGCUUUGCUUUCUCGUGGUAUCACAACAUUAAUACAGUACUAAUAGCAUUUAUUAUUUCAAGUUGUCUUGAGUUAGGGUUAAGUUAGGAUGUGAUGCAAUUUAUUGCACCGAAAGCCAACGCUGUCAGCCAAAGAAGAAAUCCUGUGUAUGAAGGCAGUAUGACAAUAAUUAACAGUGUUAACACAACAUGCCCCUGCUCAUAAUCAAAUUCAUGCCUCAUUUAUUGCUUCAUUUGCAUUUAUUCACCUCUAUACAGUAUGUAUUAUGUAUUUCUAUGAAUUGUUAUUAGCUGUUUUUCUAUUUGUUUAAAAUUUAGUUUGUGUGUAUUGUACUAUGAAUAGAUUGGUCAAUUGAUUUAACUGUAUCUGUGUGUCUGAUUUUGUCCUCCAUACAUUUCUCCACCACUAUCAACAAUAAAUGAUCAGUAAUCAAUAAA